AUGUAUAAAUCAGUGCUAUUGUUGAUCGCCUACGCGAUUGCAGCCACGGCCUCGGGCUGGAGUGGUGAGGUGCCAGCCCAGCGAUCAUACAUGUAUGUUGGAGGACAGUAUAUCUUGAAUGACGCUGGCGAACAUGUAUUUGCGGAUCAGAUGUACGUGGAGAAAUUGACCCCUACCGCCGGCUCUACCAAGCCGCAUCCAAUUGUCUUCAUCCAUGGACAAGCUCAAACAGGCACCAACUGGCUCAAUAAGCCCGACGGAGGAGAAGGUUGGGCCUCCUACUUUCUGUCUCAAGGAUAUGAAUGCUAUAUCAUUGAUCAGACCUUCCGCGGCCGCAGCGCUUGGUUCCCUGGCAAUGGGACCAUGAAGACCUACAGCGCCGAGCUGCUUCAGCAGCGCUUCACCGCAGCGAAGCAGUACAAGCUCUGGCCGCAGGCAUCACUGCACACUCAAUGGAAUGGUACGGGCGUCAUGGGUGACCCCAACUUCGACACUUAUUAUUCCUCGACGGUGGAGUUCCUCAGCUCAGCAACUUACCAGCAGUCAACUGUUCAGGCCGCCAGUGCCGCACUGCUCGACACCAUCGGCUCGCCUGUUAUUCUCCUUUCCCACUCCCAGGGCGGAGCCAUGCCUUGGCUCAUUGCAGAUGUUCGACCGAAGCUCGUGCACUCCAUCGUCUCACUUGAGCCCACGGGUCCUCCCUUCCAAGAAGCCGUCUUCAGCAACACUUCUUCGCGCGCAUACGGGCUUACCGACAUUCCCAUCACAUACUCGCCUGCCCUAUCUGAUCCAACCGAGCUCGUGAAGCAAGUCAUCACCUCCAACUCGUCGAUGUACUCCGAUUGCGUGAUCCAGGCCGAUUCUCCCGCACCGAGAAAGCUCGUCAAUCUCGCCAAGGUGCCUGUGUUGGUUCUCACAACGGAAUCGUCUUACCAUGCGCCGUAUGAUUGGUGCACAGUUAAGUUCUUGCAACAGGCAGGUGUCCCAGCGCAACAUCUUCAGCUCGCGGAUGUCGGCAUCCAUGGAAAUGGACAUAUGGUGUUCAUGGAAAAGAAUAGUUUGCAAGUUGCUGCUGUUCUGCAGAAGUGGAUGGAACGUGAGUAG